AUGCGUACGGAGGCCACGUCUGCGGCGCUGCUGGUGGCGGCUCUGCUCGCCGCCGCUGCCGCGCUCGCGGCGACGCACCUCGAGCGGCCCGGCGCCGCUGACGACUGCGCUGCCGCGGGAGCGAGCGUGCGCAUGCAGCUCGAGGAGCUGCGCGAGGAGCUGGCGCGCAGACAGCAGCAGGUGGAGCACUGGCGAGCGCUCGAGGCCUCCUCCGCCAGCCUCGUCACGGCCUCGGAGCGCAGUCACGCCGCGUGCCGCGAGGCGCACGAGGACGCGGCGAGGCAGCUCGAGGCGGCGUUGGGCCAGCGCACGCUGCCGGCCCGUUCCGACGGCUGCGAAGGCGGGCGGGCGGGCGUGGCGGGCUGCGUGGGCGAGGAGCAGCGCUACGAGCGGCUCGAGCUCCCUCUGCACCAGGCGGGCAGCGUCCUCGGCCUCGACGCGGCUCCUCUCGCGAUUGGGUCGAUGCGGGCGGGCGAGCGGGCAGCCUUCUUCGUCGCGGCGGGCGGAGGGUGCCCGGGGCCGCUGGGGCUCGAGCUGCACCUCCACGCCGUGGCCGAGGUUGAGGACCUCUCUUCCGACGGCGGCCGCUCCGUCCUCAAGCGCGUCCUCUCGCCCGGCAAGGGGAGGGAGACGCCCGCGCGCGGGGCGACGCUGACGGUGAGGCUCGGCUCGCCGUCGCUCGCCAACGCCUCGCUGGUGCCGGCGGCGGCGGCGGCGCUCGGCGGCGACGCGGUCGGGAGGGACGGCGCCCUCUCCGUCGGCAUCGACGACGGCCGCGUCGUGGGCGACGCGCUGCGCCUCGCCCUCCACUCGAUGCGGCGGGGCGAGCUCGCGCGCGUCUCUCUCUCGCAAGAGCAAGCCGCUCUCGAGCCGCUCCUCGCGCCCUCGCGCGGCGGCGGCGGGCCCGUGCAGGCCCAGGUCGAGCUCAUCUCCUUCCGCCACCAAGCGCGCGACGCUGCCCCCUCCGCCGCCUCUGCCGCCGCCUCCGCUGCGCCUCCCGCCGACCCGCUCGCCGGCGCCGCGUCGCUC